GCGGCGGUGGCGGCCGCCCGUCCCCCGCUCGCUCCCGCCCUCCUCCUUCCCCGCCGUCCCCGCCGCGCAGCAUGGCCGGGCUGGGCGGCGGCCCCGGCGCCUUCGGGCGCUGCACGCACGCCGUGGUGCGGGCGCUGCCCGAGUCGCUGUGCCGGCAGGCGCUGCGCAGCACGGCGGGGCCCGAGGUGGACUUCGCCCGUGCGGAGCGGGAGCACCAGCUGUAUGUGGGCGUGCUGCGGGGCAAGCUGGGGCUGCAGGUGCUGGAGCUGCCGGCCGACGAGAGCCUCCCCGACUGCGUCUUCGUGGAGGAUGCGGCCGUGGUCUGCGAGGAGACGGCGCUCCUCACCCGCCCGGGCGCGCCCAGCCGCAGGAAGGAGGUUGAAGCCAUGAAGAGAGCACUAGAAAGUCUCAACCUCAAUAUAGUAGAGAUGGUAGAUGAAAACGCAACCCUGGAUGGUGGAGACGUCUUAUUUACAGGAAGAGAAUUUUUUGUGGGUCUUUCCAGGCGGACAAAUCAACGUGGUGCAGAAAUUCUGGCUGACACAUUUAAGGAUUAUGCUGUCUCCACAGUCCCUGUUCAUGAUUCUUUGCAUCUGAAGAGCUUUUGCAGCAUGGCUGGACCAAACUUGAUUGCUAUUGGAUCAAGUGAAGCUGCACAGAAAGCCCUCAAGACCAUGCAACAGAUGAGCGACCACCGCUACGACAAGCUGACGGUGCCCGACGAUGCUGCAGCCAACUGCAUCUACUUAAACAUUCCCAGCAAAGGCCACGUCCUGCUGCACCGAGCCCCGGAGGAGUACCCGGAGAGCGCCAAGGUAUUUGAAAAACUGAAGGACCACAUGCUGAUCCCAAUAGCCAACACAGAACUGGAGAAAGUAGACGGGGCACUCACCUGUUGCUCUGUGCUUAUUAACAAACAUUCAGAAUUAUGAGUUUACAGAGUCCCUCCCUUGUACCUGGCAAUAAUGUUACACACAAGGUAGACGAAUCUGUAUCCACACUUUUAUUGUUUUUAUUGACAAUCUACUGUACCACUGUGCUACUAACCCUUGUUUACAAAUUUUUUGCUUUGUGUAUUUUUAUUAUGUCCUUGCAGAUGGUAUUUAAGGUGGAUGUACGGUUUGGGGGGCACAUAACUCUGAAGUAUGUUAGUCCCAUGGGCUAGCAGAAGACAAUUAUAUGGCUAACCCCUAGCUUUAGUGUUUUAACAUAUCUGCGUGAAAACUUUAUGAAAACCAACUAAUUCUUAACAUUUCAAGCACCUCUGUUGUCUUUAUACUGUUCCUGUCUUUUUUCUCUUGCUUCCUUGCUCUGCAUCUUUUUUUCCUUCCUUGGUCCCCUUUUCUUUCAGUGAUACAAGGUAUCAGGGGGACUGAAGAAAGCUCAAUGGGCUCAUGAACUUGGUAUCUUGUGUGGUAGGGAAGCUUUCCAUGCACCACCUGGAACAGUGGGCAAUCAAUGCUCUGUGCUCCCUGUCUUGGCCAUAUCACGUUGCUGCUGCCGGGCUGGAAUCAGCCUCAGAGACCAGGCAGCAACUUUGGAAAAUGCUUCCUCCAACGGGAGCAUUCAAGGGCAACGUCUGCCUGGGAAACUUGGAUGACAGAGAAAGAGAGAGUAGUGCAGCCACACAAGAUACAACCUGCAAGUUCAGGUCCCAAUUUGCUACUAAUGCCAUGACUUUCAAUUUGGUGAGAAUGGGAGAGAAGUUUUUAAAAAGACCAAAUCCCAGGGAGCACCCUGACCACAAAAAUGAAAGACUGAGAUGCUUUUGGAAAAGUUAAACCUACAAAAAUAAUCUAAAAUAUGAGGGUGGGUUAAUUCUCUUUGUUUAAUUUUUUAUUUGUUUGUGUCUCUUCUUUCUGUUUUCUCUUCUUUUGGAGGCCACUUAACUAGCAAAAUUCAAAAGAAAAGGGUGAUAGAAGGAGUUGAAGGACAGUUAUUCCUGGAUUAUGCUCAUGAGUAAGCGAAGCUAUUUUUUCCUGAAAGAUUGGCAUUUGUACUUUAUCUGCCCUUGGGGCAGUUUUCCUUGGAACAAUAACAAUCUUACUUUUUUUUAAUUGCAUGAAUAUUUACUGUGGUAUUCAGUUAAAACAAAUAUAAUUUUUGCAGCAAAUUCCACAACAUGUUUACCCACUGAGUCAUACUUUUUUUGACCACAGUAUAGUGAAGCAUACCCCAUUGUAUUCACACGCUUCUUUGUAAAUCAUUUGUAAACUAAGGAUGAAGAAAUUCCCAAACAGAGGCAGUAGUGGGAACUCUCCGGAGACUGACAAAUAGUCUGAACAUCUUAUCAACUUCCUAGACAUCUCCUCCACCUUUCCUGAACCACUUGUGGCGUGUUGCUAAGGUACAGUAGGAAGCAGGGGGACCUCAGGAAAACAAACGCUAUUAACUGAGCACACACUGGGAUGUCCUUUGGAAACCUGCAUGCUUUUUGGUGCAGUCAUAAGGGAGGAAACGCAAGUACUCAUAUCCGUAGGUACUCCUCAGCGUAUCUCUCACUUCACCUCCGUGGCUAAUGAGGAGGAAGCCUCCUGGCAGCUACCACUGUACAUGUAAGGCUUUGUGGGCACACCAUACAUGGUGACAACACCAGGUAUCACGAGGGAGAGAGCAAUGACGAGCAAGUACGAUGUAUGUGAGAAGACAGCAUGUCCCAAAGGAAGUCUUGAGCCAGGCAAACAGCAAGAGCUGUUUUUAUGACUCUGUGCUGUCCCAGAGGGUUCUCCUAAUGUUUGCCUCUCGUCUCCUCCAUUCCCAUGCACCAUCAUUUAAGCCUGACGUGGGUGAUCAGGCUCUAAGGAUGUAAACAUUGCAGGGGGGAAUCUCUUUUUCUGCCUUCCCGUGGUGCUUUUUUAAAUAUCUGAUAAAGUAUCUUGCAUUUUAAAAUGACAUGACAUUAAACAAAGAUUUUUGUGCCAAAAAAGUGGCCCUAUAGUAUUUAAUUGUGACCUUCUAGAGGCGAGCUGUACUCUGUUAAAAACCUGUGCAGCCGUCGGAGCUGUUGUACACAGCUGGAACAGAAUCCCCCCGACUGUCCAUGCACCUCCUUGGGGCCUGGUCCCCGUCCACAUCCUUCAGUCCCUCUUCCUCCUCUCACUAGGGAGCCUCAGCAUCCAGCUACACCGGGACAGCAUUAGGCUGUGGCAUUUCUAUUCAAUUGAUCUCUCAAACUUUCUGUUGUGGUUUCUUUUUUCCUUCCACCCUCUCUCACCUCUCCGCUGUCUCUCCCUUCCUCAAACUCUGGUUUCUAGUUUAUGGCAUGAUGAGCGCUUUUCUCCUUUAACCCCAAGUGAUUUUGCCUUCUGUUGCCUCAGUUCUCCUACUGUACUCCUCCCCCUUUGCUGUUCACUCCAAAGUAUCCCAACCCGCGGUGGACUAUCUUAAACUCACUCUCUCCUUGAGUAGGUGCCAGGAGGGAGGAGAAACUGAGGGGCUCACUUUGGCUCUGAGUGACUUCUUUUGAGCUGGAAGGAUGACUGUAAACAGGAGCUAUAGAUCCAGAGAGUGACAUGGGUGACUCCAUUUCUUUAGGAUUACUGCAGAAAAGAGAAACAUCUGUGGUGGACAGUGUUGGUAUCUUGUGUCCCUGAAAGCAAUAGAAUAGGUGACAAUGAAUUCCCCUGGCUCCGCAAGGGAGGGAGAAGGGGAGUCAGGAUCUCGGAGCUGAGAAACAUCUGCAUUGACAGAGAGGUUGGUCUUUCACCUACUACCAUGUAGCUUCCUUGCCUUCAAGGCUGCAUUUUGAUAUACAGGAGGAGGAAGGGAGCAGCUGAGGGACGUGAAUUCCCUCGGGUGAUGAUUUCAAGUUGUAUUCAAACUGUCUAACUUCAGGCACAGAAUUCAGGUGCUCUAAAUCACACCUGCUCUCUCUCUGUUGGUCUCAGUAGGUACCAAAGCCUCCUAACAUAGAUGCUCUAAAUUACAUCUUAGCCUGAUGCCAGAAGUUACCUGUGCUGGUGGAUUGCCCUGACCUCUCCGCUUUUAGCGUUAUUCUUUCUUCUGGCAUUAUAAAGCAAACAUAUUUAGAGCACUUUUGUGCAUUUGCAGUAUGGUACUAAGAACUAAAAUUACGCCAAAUGCUUCUUAUUCUUGCUGUUUGCUAUUUUUUUUUCUGUUGCCCAAAUGAAGAAUUCAGUUGUGGGGACAUUUCUGCUGUGAUACAUAUGCAUCUAAUGGGCAUCCUGUACAUCUUGUCACCAGAACAUUUCUCAGAUGCCUGAUAUAAAUCAUCAUCCUAGAUUAAUAUAAAUAAUAAAAUCCCAAACCAAAAAAGGAGACGAGACACUGAACACUAAUAGCUGCCCACAUGAAACACUUGGUAACAACUGUCAGGCUGUGUGACAUAGCAGGCCAGUGCAGAAGUUCUUGAGGUUAAUAGCUCAGCAAUGGGGAUUGAAUUACUCAUCAAAAGGGUUUUUUUCCUUUGAGCAAUCAGUUUAAUUCAGUUCAAGUGAAAGAGCUACAAUGUGCAUUAUAGAUCUUUCACGGAUGUUAUCUUUGCUGAGAGUUUAGGGGGAGCUGUGAUAUGUGGGUUUCUUUCUUCACCGGAAUGUGAAUACAGUGUCUCGCUCUGCAGUGAAAAUGUGAAUGCGUACUGUUCCUUAUAAGAUAAACUUGAAUUCUUCUAUUUCUGCAUUUUUGUCUUUUCCAUGCUAAUAUACUCCUUUUGGAUCCUAAAUAGCUGCCACUGUAUGAAGCUAUGCUCUGAUUUUUUGGUGAUUUCCAUGUGAUAGGUACAGAGCUCAUAGGCAACACUAUGUCCAGUUUUAAAAACAAAGAGUCAGUGCACAGAAUGCCGUUUGUUCACAGCAAAUUGGGGAUGAAAUAUUGAAAAAAAACCCCGAGUUUUUGAUUUUAUUCAGCUCCUUAUAUCGGUAAAGUCGGAACCAAAUUAUUUCAACAUCAACAUUCACAUGGAACCAUUUGGGGGAAAUAAUUUACUAUUUAAGAUUCUCUAUUUUUGCUUUUAUCAAUAAGGAAGCUGAAAAGAUAAGACUGCUUAAAGAAUGGUAUUUGUUAAGUGAUUGUGAACAAAGUAUCAUUGGACCUCACAUGUAUUUUCAGAAAAGUUUUAACUGGACGUAUGAUGUAACUUGUAUAGGGGUGCAUGUGAAUUGUGUUAGUCACUGGUUUACAUUGUAUUGUUCUGCAGUGCACAAAUAUGACUACUGAACACACAAGUGUUACAUUUCAUUAAAUUUAAAAUCUUGUUGCGGUAUAUAGUUCCCCACUUUUUGUGCCAAAAAUACCAGUACAUUCCAUAACAUGUUCUAAUAGAGGUUUGCACUUUGAUUUUACUUUUUGUGACUCUUGCAGUUUCAAUACUAUAUAUCCCCAUCACGAAGGAAUAAAGUGUCAGUUGUACUGUG